UUGAAUAGAAUAAACGAUGACGCAUUGUCAUGAUUUAGCUACUAUCUUGUUUGAAAUUUUGACAGUAUUUCACUAUUGCCGCUGUGUAUCGUUUAACGACGUGAGGGUGUAAAGACCGCAGAAGAAUCAGCAUUAUUCCAAUCAGUACGACAUAAAUAGAAAAUGUAUUGUUAUGUACUGAAGUUGAUUGUCCCAAUGUGUUCAUUCUUGCCAAUAAACUUCCUCCAAUAACGGUGGUGACUCCACCGCUGUUACCCAGCAACUAGACCUCGCCUGCACGCUGCCAGCCCGGGUCCAGACGUGCAGCGCUGCCUUGUACAAUAUUAAUGAUGCCACAGAAACUAAACCUGUCCGAGAAGCCAUAUGUCAAGACAGAAAGAAAGAGAAAUACUGUCGCUAGUAGCAAGAUUAUAUCAAGAGUAAGAGCGUGGAUGUGGAUGGGAUCAACUUAAAACUACAGUCGCAUUGCUGAAGGACCUGUUCAUUACCAGAAGGUUGUAUAGAGCUUCCACUUAACAUUUUCUGUUAGUGAGAAAGUGUCCAUGGAGGGAGAACCAGAGGAAUCAGACGAGGAUAUUCAGGGAGAGGACAAGCCCACUGUGCUGUGGGAAAAGUGCAUCCAGCAGAGCAUCUUUGUUGACCUCAGUGAGGAUGAAAGUCUCCACCUCAGUGAUCUGGAGGGUUCUUUAGCUUUGCAUCUCUCACAAGCAGAGUCUGCUGCGUCAGAGGCCAGUAUCCAUCUCAGCGGGAGUGCAGAGCUGUCUGCUUUGGAUGACACCUCCUCAGACUCCAGUAUUGUCAGCAACCAGAGCGAGAGGGUGGUAGAGAGCAAGACCAAGAGCCGCAUGUUGCAUGUGUCUGCACAAAGACCCAACACCAUGCAGGAUGCGGCACUAAACCAAAGGUAUGAAGACCCGGGGCAAAGUACCAGUGAUGAGGAUCAGGAGGAUCUACCUUAUGAUGGUGACCUUGGAAGCCCCUACUUCAACCAGACAGGAAGCUCUCAGGGCAACAUGAGCUCCGAUGGAAGAGAAACUGUUCAUGCAAGUCCUGAUGUGCCUGAUCUGCAUGAAUUUACUACAGGAGACAUGGAACAUUUGGUUUCUGUUGAGCCUCAUGCUGAAAAACCAGCAACUUUAUGGCAAGAGGAUGCCAACACCAAACAGGACGAUGUCUUUGAUGGCUCCAAGCAAAGUGAGGAAGUCCCAUCAUGUACUAGUCCUGCUGAUGGCAACCAGCAGCCAGACAUUAACCAGUUGUUACUGCAACACUUCACCCAGGAGGAGUUACUGCGGGCAGGUAGGCUGAUCGAGGCAGAGACCCUGCCCGAGGUGUCCCUGCUGGAGAGCGUGGACGACACCCUUUUUAGCUGGGCUCCAACACACAGUGCACUAAUUACUAAUAACCACACUGACAGCCAUGUGUGUAAUUCUGAGAUUAAUCAGAGUUUCUACUGUGGCAGGACUGACGAUAACAGCAAUAAUGCAUCAAAAAAUUCAAGUUUAGAGGAGGAAACAGAAAUAGGAAUUAAUAGCGUCACCUCUGCUGCUACUGACAGCAUUACAUUAAGCUCAAAACAUGGCAGCAGUGAUAACAGUGCUUUAGAUGUAGCGAAUGAAGAAAAGUCUGCAGAGGAUGGUCCAGUUCAGAAAGUCCCACUUGUGCGCACCAGAUCCUUCAGCGAGAUGAAGUAUGGCCAAGGCCAAGUCCAUUACCCGCUCCCUGACUUCUCCAAGGUUGCCCCCAAGGUAAAAAUCCCUAAAGCCCCUAGUGGUCCAGUCAGACCUGUUCCCCAGGUCCCCAGCACCAUGCACAGAGCCCAGUCCUCUCCAGGGAUGUUAGAGGUGAUCAGCAAAGUCCUGGAGGAUUCGAUCCAGCCAUCAGAGAAGCCCUAUGUCUUCAAAGACCCGGAGAAACAGACUGCUCCAGCACUGGUGCAUCACCUACAGGUUGAAUAUGAUAAAUUACUCACAAAAUAUGCUGAGGCAGAGAAUCUUAUAGAUCAACUGAGGCUGGGAACCAACACUCAGCCCCCCUCAGAACUGACUGAGCUUUUUUUAGAGCAUGAUGAUGAUGAUGAUCAGGGAAACUUAGGUGAGGGAAGGCAUCUUGGCUCUUUGGCUCCUCACAUUCCCCCAUCAGAAAUAUGUGGUGAAAAAGUAGAAACAAACCACAAGAGCAACAUUAAGGAGCUGAACACAGCUUCCUCCAUCCAGCCUGAUCCAGAGUGUCCCAGUGAUGGCGAGCGAAUGACUGCUGAGCUGAGAGACAUCAUCAGCCAGUUUAUGCAGAAGGUGGAAGAAUUCAAACUGAGUGUAAGCAACAUGUCAGUUAGCACAGCAGAACAGCAAAUGAUGUUGAGGAGCAUGAUGGAGGCUCAGGACCAGUUGGAAAGAAAAUACAUCAGUAAGAAGGACGAGCACAGAGCUCUGGAGAUGCAGAAUUACAUGGGCCUGUCCAGGAACACUGGCACCUUUGACCCAAACAGGCUGGUGGAGGGAGACAUAUUCAGGAUAGGGAUGCACCUUGAGGACAUAAAGGAGAUGAUAGACAAACAUAUGUGCGAGCAGAUCUCCCCACCCCACUCAUCCUCCACUCCUACGCCCAUGACAGAGUUGCUGUAUGUGAAGCCCAGUCCUCUCUGCAUGCACACAGUCUCACCUCCAUUAUCACUGCAUGAGGGGCCAAGUGCAGGUUUUUCCACUGUGAGUUAUAAGAUGGAAACACGGACUGAGGAAGAGAAAGACGAGGAAGUGGAGGAGGCCAGUGAGAUCCAUGGAGAGGGUAGAUUAGAGCAAAGCAGUGAGCUCAAAACCACCGACUCUCUACUGAAAAAUACGGGACAUGACAGCUACUGUUCACGGAGUACACUGGGCUCAUUUGAGGGACUGAACAUCCCGACAGCUGAUGAUGAGGAGAACAACGAAGAAGAGAAGAGCUCUGUCUUGUCAGAGGGGAUCGUUCAUAGUAACAUCUUAGCGUACCUGAGUGGAACCAGCUCAUCCUCAAGACAGAGGCAGUGGACACCUGAAAGCAGCACCCAGGAUAGUGUCCUGAACCCAGAGGGUGAAUGUGAUCUGGUUGAUUGCGUAAGUCUGGCUGUGGAGGUCUCCUCUUCCUCUGAUGCACCCAGAGACCGAGACACCAACAGCCUCUCAGAGCCGCCUCUCAACACCUCAUCUGUAUCGCAGAGGAUUGUGAGCCCAGAGACAGACAGUGGAUUUGGGAGCUCUUACUUGAGUCAAUCAGCCUCUGGUGCAUUUCAGCCAAAUCUGCUCACAGAAAGUGUGCAGUCCCAGCGUGACGGUUUAAGUAGCUCAGACAGUGAAGCCUCCUGCUCCAACCUGCAGACAGCUAUCCAUCCAGUCAGCCAGUGGUGGGCUGGAACUCGCCCGUCCGUCCAAACACAGUCCUGUGGUGCAGCAGCUGCAGUGGAGCUGUGGGUGGAGAGUACCACCAAGGAGCCUUCAGUCAGGCUGCAGGGAUCCAGCCUGCCUGCCCAGCUCCAUCACCACGUCUCUGAGCCCACACUCAGUACCACCAUGGAUACAGCACAGAGAGACAGCCAUCUGUACUCCUGCUCUUGUAAUAGUGAGGCUAUCCUGGCCUUGCAGUCAGAGGUAUCCCGGCUGAAGAAGGACCUGGAGGAAGGCCUGGUCCAGCUGCCUCACUUAGCACAGAAGAUGGACUACCUCACCUCCAAAUGCAGACAGGAUCGUCAGGAGCGCAGGUCCAAAACCAGACCCAGGAUCCACCACAGACCAGCCUGUAACAGUGUGUGGAAAGCAACAAACAGCAGACAGAAUGUGAGCAAUCUCAGUUCCAGUCAGGUGAGGAUAGAGGACUGGAUUUCUUCAGAUAUGGACCCCAGCAAGAGCAAAGGUACAGACAGUGAUGACAUGGCUGGCUCUGAGAUCUCGCCACAAUUCCACAAUUCGCCUGUGGGGAGCCGGAGAGGCAGCAGCAGUGUUGUGCACUCUGGACCAGAGCUUCAAUAUAAACUUCAGGGGACACUGCAAGCCAGUAGAGGGUCCGAGGGAAACUGCUCAGUGAAGACCUCUGGUCUGAUGAGCUCUAGUUUGAAGGGGGAGAGAGACAGCAAUGCCAAGCAGAGAGCACGGAUGCUUAUGUUUCCGUGGCCAGCAGUCGUCAUGGAGAAUUUUUACUCCAAGGAGAGAUGGUCUCUUCUCUCAUCUCCAUCUCUUCAGAGGCCUCUCCUCCAGGUCGGCUACGGCUCCUCCAGCAGCCUGCCUGCCAGCUAUAAAGUGAGGGAGCCACCGCUGCAGUCUGUGUCCCAUCACCGGAAGCGUUCCACACAGUCGGACACAGCACUCCUGCCCAGCAACGUGUACUUCCAGCAGACACAGCCCCCAGUAUCAGUGCUGUCAAAGACUGGCAGCAGGGCAGGCAGACGCAGAGGGAACAAGGAGGAAGAAAUGAACAGGACUCUAGACAAGGCUAUUGAGGUGGCCCGCAGCAUGAAGAGGACCACCGACCGCAUGGCCAAGAGCCUGUCAGCUGACCUGGCCAAACUGCACAACAUUCAGCCACUAGGGGGCAGAAAACACCACAUCUUAUAAUACCCAGACAUCAGUCAACCCUGUAAACGACCUUCUAGUAUCUGCGAUACAUGAUGCAGAAUAUCUAAGUAUUUGUUGGAUGAUGAGGGAAUAUUUUUUAUUUAUGAUGUAUUUGUUAUUUAAGGACAUCACUCUAUAAUAAGUUAUUUCUCCUGUAUAUAUGCACUGCUGUAUAUUUACAAUAGAUAGAAACAAUAGAUAGAAAAGCCUGAAAUCACACUGUAAAAAUAAAAUUUUGAUAUGUUUAUUUAUAUUUAUGUUGUUUAUAUUCAGUGUCAUUUUUGUAUUGAGUACAUUUAAUUUGAUUUGUGUAGGCAACUUCCAUCCAGCAUAUAAAUCUUGUACUUUAAAUCAUACUCAUCAAAUCUGAGUUUAGACCAUUGCAACACUUUCUGCUUUCUCUGCCUCUACUAAUAAAAUUACUAAAACAUUUAAUAA